AUUUCAGCGUGACACACUAUUGACAAUCAGCUGUAAACAGGUUUGGUUAUAGCGGCCGGUGCGCAUGUCGGUUGGUUUGUUGUUGUCCUUCAGCUGGUGUCAAUCUUAUUUUAUGUAAUUUUUUCCUUGUCCAAAUCCGAUGAUGAUCUGCAUAGGGCGUAACUGCAUACGUUUCAGUUAUGCUCCUCCAAAUAGAAAAUUCCAGACCAACACGCAAAAUCUUAAAAAUAUACCCUCAGCAUCACGACAGGUGAAAAUCCUUCAAAAGCUCUUAGGUAACCGAGAAAGUGGCAGCAAGAAACGAUGGUAUCCCCACGAACAAUCCACUCAGUCACAAAUCACCUCCGUUCGUGACAUUGGCAAAGCACAAAACAAACAAGGAAAAAAUGCUUCACGUCGAGUAAACGUUUUGAAUAAGCUGUUCAUGAAGCAUAUAACCGAUCAACUUGCUUCAGGUUCUUUGUCCGAGCAAGUACUUGGCAAGGGGUUGGAGAUAAGUCGUGUAAAAAUGUCGCCAGAUUUCAAUGGAAUAAAUGUGUUCUGGAUAGCCAGGGGAGGCGCGCAUAGCGAUGCUGAAAUCGAGACUACACUUCAUAAAUGCUCCGGUAUUCUCCGCCAUGAAUUGUCGCAGUUGCGUCUAAUGGGUGAGGUUCCAAGAAUAAACUUUGUAAAAGAUAGAAGUUAUGCCAAUUUAGCAGAUGUCGAUGAACUUUUAAAAGAGUGUGAUUUUGGGGAAGAGUACGAAGGAACCAAUUCCUCAUCUGAUCAAAUACGAGAAGAGUUAGGAUUCAAUAAAUUAGAUGAUAAUGAAGACGACAUACCCCCCAUGAGACAUGAUGUUUUUGGAUUAAACCACAAAGAAAUCAUGACUGGAAUACUGACGAAAAUGCGGAAAUCCAAAGAUGCUUGGAUUAACUAUGAAAUGGAUAGCAAAGAUGAAACAUCUAUUAAGCCGGAGAUGAGUGCAAACUCCACAACGCCGAAAUUGGAUGCAUUGCGCUCCAAGUUGAAUGAAGCUAAAAUAAAAGAGGCAAAUUUCGAGAAAUUUUUGAAUUCUCGCAAUUUUAAAGAAGCAAAGCCUGAACGAAAGAAACCUAUUCGAGUGUUGGAGGAAAGACGACAGAGUGAUGAAUAUGAAGAGUAUAGUUGGCGAGGCAGUAAAGAUGAAGAAGACUACAUUGAAGAGAAUGAGAAUAAAAAAUAGUAAUAAUAUAGGCCAUAUUUAGUUACCACAACUUACCAGACAUCUCACUUCCAUCCUUUAGUAAAU